UGCCCAGUGACGUAUGAGAAGGGGCCGGACUCGGAAGAGCUCGCACUGGCUUCGUCGCCCCUUCGGCUGUUUCCGUCUGGCCGCCAUGGGGGUCUCCGGCAGCCGCCGACUCCCGCGGGACCUUUUGAGCGAGUACCAGGAAUUGACCUUCCUGACCGCGCAGGAGAUCCUGCUGGCCCACCGGCGCUUCUGCGACCUUCUGCCCAAGGAGGAUCGGGACCAGGCCUUCGCCAUCCGGGCGCCCAAGGGAAAGGUCCUGGCGCUGCCCGAACUCAGGGCCAACCCCUUCCGGCACCGCAUCCUCCGCGUCUUCUCCACGGCGGAGGACGGGGAGGGCAGCCUCUCCUUUGAGGACUUCCUGGACAUGCUGAGCGCCUUCAGCGACGCGGCCACUCCAGAAGUCAAGUCCCACUAUGCUUUCCGCAUCUUUGAUUUUGAUGAUGACGGGACUCUGGACAAGAAGGACUUGGAGCAGCUGGUCAACUGCCUGACCGGGGAGGGAGAGGACAGCCGGCUGAGCCCCGUGGAAAUGGAGCAGCUCAUCCAGAACAUUUUAGAGGAGUCCGAUAUCGACAAAGACGGGACCAUCAACCUCUCCGAGUUCCAGCACAUCAUCUCCCGAUCCCCAGACUUCACCAGUUCCUUCAAAAUUGUGCUCUGAUUCUUCACCGUUUCGCCUCGCUCCUGCUUCUGUUUUUCUCGCCAACGUGGAUGACUGACAUCGAGUCAAGGGACCCAAAGCGAUGACUUAUAUGCUCUGGGCAGUGAGGUCUUCUGACACUAUGGCCUUUAAAUAUCUUCCAUGAUUGAUGCUGAUCAAUCGCGGCCUCCCUGGGAGCCACACCAUCUGUGCCUAUCAUCCGGCAUUGCUGUAACUCAAACCUUGGUGCCUUUGCAGGGAAUUCUUUGGAUCACAGUUUGUUUCUUCCUCGUUUCUCUCUCCUUGCCUGGUCUCAGUCUGGAGGCUUGGGCUACUUCUGUAGCUGAGUUGUGGCAUCAGAGCGACGACCUUUUCUCAAAGCCUUACUGACGUAACUUGUUUUUGGCACAGUCUCCAUGGCCGCGCCUACGUUUUCUACACCUGUCCUAAUAAAGUGUGGAAGUUGGA